CACGUAUAAAGUAGUACAGUAUAAAACUAAACUACUGUAUUGUAUUCAUUGUUUCACUUAAGUAAAAAAAUACACGUGGUUUUACCAUAAAGCCAAAUUUACUACCUCUUUAAGGGCGUUGACUUUUUUCUCGCGGCGGCGCUAAAUUACCGUCGAUGUCACCGGUGAACAGAAGCAGAGCUCUUUUAUCAAUCCUGACCCAAACCAAAACGCUACACCAUACCCAGCAGGUUCACGCCAAGGUCAUAAUCCAUGGUCUCGAAGAUGAAGUUGUUCUCGGAUCCAGUGUCACUAACGCUUACAUCCAAUCGAAUCGUCUCGAUUUCGCCACCGCUUCUUUCGAUCGAAUCCCUUGUCGGAAAAGGAAUCGGUAUUCAUGGAACACGAUCCUCUCUGGUUACUCCAAAUCCAAGAGUUGUUGUUAUAGUGACGUCUUGCUUCUUUACAAUCGCAUGAGGAGGCAUUGUGAUGAGGGCGUUGAUAGUUUCAAUUUGGUGUUUGCGAUCAAAGCUUGCGUUGGUUUAAGGGUUUUAGAUAAUGGGAUGUUGAUUCAUAGCUUGGCGAUGAAGAAUGGGUUGGAUAAGGAUGAUUACGUUGCUCCGUCGUUGGUCGAGAUGUAUGCUCAGUUCGGUGAUAUGGAAAGUGCGCACAAGGUGUUCGACGAAAUUACUCUGAGAAACUCAGUUCUUUGGGGAGUUUUGAUGAAAGGUUACUUGAAAUACUCUAAAGACUCAGAAGUGUUUCGUUUGUUUUAUCUCAUGAGAGAUGAAGGUAUAACGCUUCAUGCGCUUGCAUUGAUAUGUUUGGUAAAAGCUUGUGGGAAUGUUUUUGCCGGUAAAGAAGGCAAAUCAGUACAUGGAUUAUCCAUUAGAAGGAACUUUGUAGAUCAGAGUGAUUAUUUACAAGCUUCCGUUGUAGACAUGUAUGUGAAAUGUAGACUGUUGGAUGAUGCUCGUAAGCUAUUUGAAAGGUGUGUUGAUAGGAAUGUGGUAAUGUGGACUACGCUGAUAUCUGGGUUUGCAAAGUGUGAGAGAGCUGUUGAAGCGUUUGAUAUGUUUAGGAAGAUGCUUGGAGAAUUGAUACUUCCAAAUCAAUGUACUUUGGCUGCCCUUCUUGUUUCUUGCUCAAGCAUGGGAUCUCUAAAGCAGGGGAAGAGUGUUCAUGGCUACAUGAUAAGGAAUGAGGUUGAAAUGGAUGCUGUAAAUAUUACAUCUUUUGUUGAUAUGUAUGCUAGAUGCGGGAAUAUUCAAAUGGCUCAGAAGGUUUUUGAUGUGAUGCCAGAGAGAAAUGUGAUAUCGUGGAGCUCGAUGAUCAAUGCUUUUGGGAUAAAUGGUCUGUUCGAGGAAGCUCUGGAGUGUUUUGAUAAAAUGAAGUUGCAAAACCUGGUUCCAAAUUCGGUGACGUUUGUUUCACUUUUGUCAGCCUGUAGCCAUUCGGGAAAUGUCAAAGAAGGAUGGAAGCAGUUUGAGUCCAUGACAAGAGACUAUGGAAUUGCGCCAGAGGAAGAACAUUAUGCGUGUAUGGUUGAUUUGCUAGGUCGAGCUGGUGAAAUUGGAGAAGCUAAGUCAUUUAUUGAGAAUAUGCCUGUGAAACCAAUGGCCAGUGCUUGGGGAGCUCUUCUGAGUGCUUGUAGAAUCCAUAAAGAAGUUGACUUAGCAGAAGAAAUCGCGGAGAAGCUCUUAACUGUGGAACCCGAUAAAUCAAGUGUCUACGUCUUGCUUUCUAACAUAUAUGCUGAUGCUGGUAUGUGGGAGAUGGUGGAUUGUGUGAGAAGGAAAAUGGGCAUGAAAGGAUAUAGAAAACCCAUGGGACUAUCUGCAACUGAAGUCGGCUAGGAAAUUUAGGUAUUGAUUCCUGCAGCAUGGUUUUGAGGAAGAACCUGUGAAGUAUGAAACACCAGGGCAGACAUAUGAUGGGAAUUACUGUGGGAGUUGGGAAACUUUCCAAAUUCAAGCUUCAUGCAGUCAACCGUAAAAGAAAACCCAUGAAGAUUAAGAUAAGACUGUUGAUGAGAGGUGGUUGCUGCCGAGUCAAAGUUGCUGUCAUAAGAUACGUGAUAUUCUUAGAACAAUUGAAGAGGUUGUCUCCCUCACUCACAAGGAUCUUCGCUUAUCCAAAGCUAAUUGCGAGCUGGAUUUUUCACACAUACAAAAAACAUGUGAUUAAGCUAGCGAUCAGGAAUGUGGUUUUUGUUUUUGGAAUGUUGGGAGAAUCGAUACCUCCAAAUUAUAUAUUUUGACGACCUUUCUUAUUUCUUGCUCGAGCUUGGCAUAUGCACAACAAAAGAUUUAAUGGCUACUUUGUUACUUGCUCUAGUUUAGGAAUCAUAAACGCACUACAAUGGGAUACAAGAAACAGAGAAAA